GAAAAAGCGUUCUUUCGGCAGAGGAAGUGUAGCCCGCCAUUGUGUAGACACUUUAAGCUCUUUAGACAGACACGGGCACUUGGCUAACUCUCUAAGAUAUUUUCUAUACCUUGCUGCACUGACUUAGAAAAAAAUAAAAAACCGAAAUUAAGUACGCAAGCUCCGGGGAGAAAGAAAUGUCAGCCAGCAGCCUUGUGGGACAGGUAAAGAGAGGCACUUUAUGAAGGUUUUACGAGCGCCGUAGUUAGCAGUGACUCUCUCUCUCUCUCAGCAGUGCAGCGGUAGGCCUGACCACCUGCUGUCCGACUCACGGGUCAAUAUAAAUCUCUUUUAUUUUCCCUUCUUUUCAUCCUCACAACUCAAACCUUCAUGAAUCACCUGGACCCAAUCCAGAGACCGAAAGGCCAAGGAAACAAAGUGCAAAACGGAGCUGUUGCCCAAAAGGAGACUUUAAAUGAUGAUGAGUUUGAGCCUUAUCUGAAUGCUCAGCCCAGACAGAGCAAUGCAUAUACGGCCAUGUCCGACUCCUAUAUGCCUAGCUACUAUAGCCCCUCCAUAGGAUUCACCUACUCGCUUAAUGAAGCAGCGUGGUCCACAGGUGGUGAUCCUCCCAUGCCUUACCUGGCCUCUUAUGGACAGCUUAGCAAUGGGGAGCACCACUUCCUCCCGGACGCCAUGUUUGGCCAGUCAGGGGCACUUGGGAGCAACCCUUUCUUGGGUCAGCAUGGUUUCAACUUUUUCCCCAGUGGGAUUGACUUCUCUGCCUGGGGGAGCAGCAGCUCUCAGGGACAGUCCACACAGAGUUAUGCCUACGCACCCAGCUCGCUUGGGGGUGCUGUGAUUGAUGGACAGUCUCCGUUCACCGCCAAUGAGCCUCUUAACAAGGCUGUAGGGAUGAACAGUUUGGACCAGGGUAUGGCAGGGCUUAAGAUCGGGGCAGGAGACAUGACACCUAAAGUUGUUGGUUCUGGACUUCCUGGAGGACCUUUGAAUCAGGUAUCAGCAGCUCCCAGCAUGCCCGGACCUUCCGUUGCACCUGCCAAAGUGGCAUCCUGGGCGGACAUCGCCAGCAAGCCUGCCAAACCCCAGCCUAAGAUCAAGACUAAAGGCACCUUGGGGGGUUCAAACCUUCCCCCUCCACCAAUCAAACACAACAUGGAUAUUGGCACAUGGGACAACAAAGGGGCGGUGCCAAAAGCAGCAACACCCCAACAGCCGGUAUUGCCCACCAAUGGACAGCCACCCAAUCAGGCCUCUCCUCAACCAGCUGCACCUGCUGGAGGGGUACCGCAGCUUCCCCUCACCAACGGACAGCUUGCACCCCCCCCUGCUGUUGCCUUAGGACAGCAUCCCCAAGCUCCUAAUGGGCAACCAGGUAUGGCUCCGCCCCAACUUCAAGGCCCACCCCCUCCACCACAACCUUCUCAACCGACCCGCUGGGUCCCUCCACGUAACCGUGCCAACGGCUUUGGAGACGCAGCAGGCGGUGCCAGCCAGUCCCCUCCCAGUGCUGGAAUAGGUGGAGUCAGUGUGCCACCAGAGCCACACCCGGUCCUUGAGAAGCUGCGCCUUGUCAACAACUACAAUCCGAAGGACUUUGACUGGAACCCCAAGCAGGGACGUGUGUUUAUUAUAAAGAGCUAUUCAGAGGACGACAUCCACCGCUCAAUCAAGUACAACGUGUGGUGCAGCACGGAGCAUGGCAACAAGAGGCUGGAUGCAGCAUACCGCUCUCUGGGCGGAAAGGGCCCCCUGUACCUACUUUUCAGCGUCAACGGUAGCGGUCACUUCUGUGGCGUGGCUGAAAUGCGCUCACCCGUGGACUACAACACGUGCGCCGGCGUGUGGUCGCAGGAUAAGUGGAAGGGUCGUUUCGACGUGCGCUGGAUCUUCGUCAAGGAUGUGCCCAACAGCCAGCUGCGUCACAUCCGUCUGGAGAACAACGAGAACAAGCCAGUGACCAAUUCGCGUGACACGCAGGAGGUCCCGCUCGACAAGGCACGGCAAGUGCUCAAGAUCAUUGCGGGGUACAAGCACACCACCUCUAUCUUUGACGACUUCUCGCACUACGAGAAGCGCCAGGAGGAGGAGGAGAGUGUUAAAAAGGUGGAGGUCCAGGGGAGCGACCCAUACUCAAGUAAUCCCAGCCGGAGUCACUACAGACUGCAGGAUCGUCAAGGACGUGUCAAGUAAAAGCCACUUCUUUUUGGGGGAAAAAAAAGACUGACUUGGUCCUGCUCUGCCCAAUCAUACAUCCAGAUGUUUUCGCUGAUUAUUCUGGGGAAAAGACUUAACCAAGGAUUCAAAGCAAGAAAAAAAAUGAAUGGAAAAAAAACCCUAAAUGAAGACUCUUCUCUUGAUUUCUGUUGACCUUAAAAAGACUUACUUUGAACUUGUAGUAAAGGAAAAAAAACAAUUAUUCAUAGGACUACAACUUAAUUCUAUAGGAUGCUUAGGUGAUCAUUCUCGCUCUUUUGUUUUCAUCCCAUUCUGUUUUUCGCUGCCUCCUUUUCUUCUUCUCCCCCGCCCCCCCCCUUUCUUUUUUUUUUUUUUAAUAUAAACAGUUUUGUUUUUACAGUCCAAGAGCAAGGCUGGUCUGCCUCAUCACUAAAGUCUAUAGUGGAGUUCUUUUAGUAUCGGAGUCUAAGGCCCUGCCUGAACGGGCAGUCUGUUUCAUUUCUUUAUUAAUCCCCCCCAGCCCCCCCCCCCCCCCCCCCCCCUUUUUUUUCUUUUUUAAUUGGAAAUGAUCCCAUCAGGAUGCACAGUGGGAGUGGCCUUUCAGUGCAUGUUGCAUUGUGAAUAAUUCUACAGUAGCCUGUGCAAAAUGUCAUUGCCUUUCACAAAAAGGAAAGAUGUCCUUAUCUCUCUUAUAAGAGUGAAAACGUAUAGUUAUGAAGACUUUUUUUUUUUUUUUAAAGGCCUUGUUGUAAAAACGGGUUUUGGUCAGAACAGUUUAAACAAAUGCCAGAAAUGUUAAGUUUGUCAUUUGUAUAAUUUUUUAUGGUGUGCAAAAUGGGGCUGUGUUUAAAAAAAAAAAAGCAUUCUCUGACUUUGUUUUUUGCCUUUUUCCCUUCAAGUUAAAAAUGUUGCUAUGGGCUGCUCUCUUCUUGUCAUCCGUCUUUUCUUUCUCUUCUCUGUUUCUUAAGUCAGCAUCGAGGUGGGCUGUGGACCCUCUCUUUCUAUUACUCAGUUCAUGAAAAAUAAAUGUGGUAUACUCAGCACAUGUGUUGCAUUCUCCCCUUGUUUGACUACAUUCUUCACUUCCCCACACUAACCCAUAUCCCAAAUCGCCUGGUUCUCCCCUUCACCCUCGAUCCCUUCAGUAGCCACCUACGUACUCUACCCCACCCACCAUUCCUGUAGUAUGUUAAUGUUCGUGCAUUUAAAAGGGGUCCUGCAAAACUUCUGGCACUGAUCAGAAUAAUAAAAAGCUGCUGAAAA